AUGAGUCAAAACCACCAUGCGCGUACAUUUCAAACGCCAGGCGCGUCGAGUAAGCGCAAGUUCACGACAGAGAGUAGUAGUUCCGGUUUUGAUCCAAGAGCCACUACUCCGGCUACACCGAACUGGCUCUUGGCCGGCUACUUGGCUCACGAGUUCCUCACGUGCGGGACCAUGUUGGGCAGGAAACUAUGUGCUGGAUGGGCCGAAGUUGGGCCGCUGAACUCACCUUCGCCGCAGCACAGGGAAGUUAAAAAGGCUCGCCAGAGUUAUUCUGACGUGGCGAGUGUGUUCAAAACAGAAGGAACACACGUCCCUGGUGUGGUUAACCCGACCCAACUUGCCAAAUGGAUCCAGAUGUGA